AUGUCGAAACUCGCUCGUGUAAUCGGCUGGUACGCUCUGUUUGCUUGCUCUGCUCGAGCUGCUCCCACGCCAGAUAUACCCACAGUUGGCAACAAUGGCUGCAGAAAGACCCAGGUGGCUGUACUUGGUGCGGGUGUCGCCGGGAUUACAGCUGCGCAGGUUUUGUCCAACGCAUCUAUAACAGACUUCGUGAUCGUGGAGUUCAACGACCAAAUUGGUGGGCGCGUGCGCAACCAUCCAUUCGGUAAAACCCCCAGUGGAAAUGGCACAUAUUUUGUUGAGCUUGGUGCGAACUGGGUACAAGGAACCAAUAGUUCAACAGAAGAGAACCCCAUUUGGACUCUCGCCAAAAAGAACCAAUUAAUCAACACCUACUCCGAUUUCAGCAGCCGCAAAGUGUAUAACGAGACAGGAGAAGUUAAUAUUGGAGAUUUGGAAAAGGAGUUCUAUCACGCGUUUGAAAGUUAUGAAGAGGAUGGACGCUAUGGUUUGCUCCAGAAUCUCCAGGAUCGUAGUGCCCGUACAGGCUUCUCCAUUGCUAAAUGGAAACCUGGUAAAGACCCGCUCGCUCAAGUUAUUGAAUGGGCUGCAAUGGAUUUCGAAUACGCCAACCCGCCUGAAAAAACGUCUCAUCGGUAUUCAGUAGUCAGCUACGACUCAACAUUUCAUCGCUGGGCUGACGAGAACAACUUUGUCCAUGAUCCUCGCGGCUUCUCUACGUUCGUGAAGAAUGAAGCAGCAACAUAUCUGAAGGAGAACGAUCCCCGAUUACUGCUUAACACCGUUGUGGAAAACAUCACCUACUCUUCUGAAGGAGUUGAGAUUCACAAUAACGAUGGCAGCUGCAUAUCUGCUGAAUAUGCCGUUUGCACAUUUUCAUUGGGCGUUCUGCAGCAAGAAGUGGUAAAGUUCUCACCUGAAUUGCCUGAGUGGAAACGUACAGCAAUUCAUUCCAUGACUAUGGGGACCUACACCAAAAUCUUCCUGCAGUUUCGCCCAGAAGACGUUUUCUGGGAUAAGAACACACAAUUCUUUUUAUACGCUGACCCCAUCCAGCGGGGUUAUUUCCCUCUUUUUCAGUCACUGGAUCACCCCGACUUCGAACCCGGCUCCGGCAUACUAUUUGUUACUGUUGUCGACCAGCUGUCAUUUGCGGUUGAGGCUCAGGACUUUGACACCACCAAAAAGCAAGUCAUGGCUGUGCUGCGGCGUAUGUUUGGCAAUGGCAUUGCUGACCCCAUUGACUUCUAUUAUCCCCAGUGGAGCCUGAAGCCAUGGGCUUUCGGCUCAUUUUCAAAUUGGCCACCUUCCCUAUCCCUAGAGACGCACCAGAAUUUGCGUGCCAACCUUGGCAAUGUCUGGUUUGCGGGAGAAGCAACUCACCCGCAAUAUUUCGGUUUCUUGCAAGGUGCGUGGUUUGAAGGUAGGAAUGCCGGCGAGUCUAUUGCGGCAUGUAUAAAGGAUAAGGCAUCAUGUUACAAAGAAAAGUCGUAUGAAGUUUUGAAUGGGACAACUCCUUCAAUGCAAUAUUCGAAGGAAAACGGGUGGACUGCCAACAGCUUUUAUAAGACGAAGAAAGAAGAAUAA